AUAAAACCCAGGUAAAAAACGAAAUUGUGUUCUUUCAUAUAAAAUAGCAGUAUGAAAGUAUUCCUGUUGCUCACUGUCUUCUGUGCCAUCUGGUUGCAAACAUUUUCCAUGCGAUCUUAUGAAAAAUUAAAAGGCUGCAUGACACGGCAGCUAGGGUAUACAUUUACGGAAGAUAGCAAGUUAGAUGCUAAAGAUAGCUCACUUCAAAGCAAGUGUUUUUAUCAUUGCUUACUGGAGGUGAAAGGUGUUAUUGCCAAUGAUGCAAUCACUUCGGUCCAAUCGAGGAAAGAGCUUGUAAAACGGUAUGGCAUUACUGAUGUAGCAGAAUUGAAAACGGCUGAAGAAAAGUGUCAUUCGAUCAAGACUUCAGGAAAAUGUGAAUUGGGGUACAAAAUCAUUAAGUGCUACCAGUCCAUUACCCAGCAUUAGACUACUAAGAACAGCAUAAAGGAACGCUCCAAUGUUCAGCCUUGAAUAUUAGGUAACUGCUAUUUUGACAACCAAUUAACUGUAGCGAAUUCAAAAGUUAAACCAAAUUAAUAAGUAUAGCUCAAAUAAAAUUAAUUAAAUAAAACAAAAAUUAUUUUAUCAAGCA